CUAUUACAUGUGGUUUGCUAAAAAACAAAUGAUCUUAAAGAAAUAUAUUAGUGAAAUAUAAUAAAAAAUGUAUACUUGUUUUAUAACAAUAAAAAUUUCCAUAAAAUUUUAAUAUCUGAUUGUAUACAUUGAAAUUAUUUAUGAUUCAGAAUCAAUACCAAUUGAUUUUUUCAUGCACCACAUAAAAUAAAUAAAUUAUCUUUUAUAAUUUAUUAUUUAGAGUAGCUUAUUUCAAAGUUCAAUAAUGUCUUGGAAAUCAAAAAUAUUUUAUAUUGUUUAUAAUAAUAAUUUACAUCGAACUAAUAACAGAUUGUUAAAAAAUACUGUUAAUUAUUUACACACUACGUCUCAUCAACAACAUUCAUACAGAAAAAAUACGUCGAAUUCUUCCAAUCAUGAUAAAAAAAAUUACUCUCAUUACCUGUUGAAUGCAGCAGUAUUUUCUUCAAUUUUAGGAUUUUACUAUUAUUAUAUAUCAAAAAAGAACACUGCAUACGCUUUUAAAAACACUAACGUAGCUCCAGGUGUAAAGAAGCCAAACUUGAAAACUUAUACAGCAGAAGAAGUCGGAAAACAUGACAAUGAAAAAGAUGGUAUAUGGGUUUGUUAUAAAGAAGGAGUUUAUGAUAUAACUAAUUUCAUACAACAGCAUCCUGGAGGACCUGGAAAAAUUAUGAUGGCUGCUGGAGCCUCAAUUGAACCCUUUUGGAUGAUAUUUGCUAAUCAUAAUGCGCCGGAAAUUUAUGAACUUUUAGAGUCAAUGAGAAUUGGUAAUUUAGACACAAGUGAAGAGUCCGAAACGAUAAAAACUGAAGAAAUUUAUGAUCCAUAUGCCAAUGAACCUAAAAGGCAUAAAGCUUUGAUAGUAAAUGGACCAAAACCUUUUUGUGGGGAAACACCAGCUCCUUUACUCGCUGAAUCAUUUAUAACUCCUUCAGAUAUUUUCUAUGUUCGAAAUCAUCUACCGGUUCCUGAAAUUGAUAUUAAAAAUUAUACUCUAGAAAUUUCAAUAGAAGAUAAUACAAAAAAAGUAUUGGAUUUUAAAUCUAUAAAAAAAUAUCCAAAAUACUCAAUUACAACAUCAAUAAUGUGCGGAGGAAAUCGAAGAUCAGAAAUGAAUGCUAUUAAACCACUAAAAGGUUUAAGUUGGGGAGUAGGAGCAGUAGGAAAUGCUACUUGGUCAGGAGCACGUCUCUGUGAUGUAUUAGAAGACCUAAAUAUUAAUGAAGAUGAAUGGAAGCACAUUCAAUUCGAAGGUCUAGACUUAGAUCCAUCAGGAACUCCUUAUGGAGGAAGUAUUCCUAUUGGACGAGCUCUAGAUCCAAGAGCUGAUGUUUUAUUAGCUUAUGAGAUGAAUGGUCAACCAAUUUCAAGAGAUCACGGCUUUCCAAUUCGUGCAAUAGUUCCAGGAGUAGUUGGUGCUAGGAAUGUGAAAUGGCUAGCAAGAAUUGUGAUAUCGAAAGAAGAAAGUCCUUCACAAUUCCAAAGAGGUGAUUAUAAAGGAUUUUCUCCAAACAUCGAUUGGCAUAAUGUAGACUUUUCCAAGUCUCCAGCUAUUUUAGAUAUGCCUGUUACUUCAGCUAUUUGUGAUCCAUGUCCUGGAGACACUGUAGUUGUUAAAGAUGGAAAAAUUUCUGUUAAAGGCUAUGCUUGGUCUGGAGGAGGAAAAAAAAUUAUCCGAGUUGACUUGACAGUAGACAAAGGAAAAACUUGGCAUACAGCUGAUUACUUAAUCCAUGAUGAAAACGCAAAAGAGGGAAGACAUUGGGCCUGGACUCUGUGGCACGCAGAUAUUCCUAUUAAACAUAUCAUAGACAAAAAUAAUAAUAACCCUGAAAUUGAAAUUUGGGCUAAAGCAGUAGAUGCUUCUUAUAAUGUCCAACCAGAGAAUUUUGAAAAUAUUUGGAAUCUUCGAGGGUUAUUGUGUAAUGCUUACCAUAGAGUCAAAGUCAAAGUAAAACAAUAAUUAAUGAUAAUAAUUAUUAAUUAUAAAAAUUUACAUUAAUAUGAAUAAACAAGUCAUUUUAUGACUUUAAUCUAUUCUUA